AUGCGCUUUCGCGCAAACAUCGAGCAUGUCAACACUUUCUAUAAAAUCAGCCAGGCAGUAGAGAAAUUGCAGAAGCGCUGCAUCAUCAAGUUUAGCGAGAACGAGAUGCACAUCAUCUGCAAAAUGAGGCGGGCGAGGGCGGCGUCCAAGUGUGGUCGUCCCUCCCUGUUCACAGACUACCGCAUACAGUCGAACGCGAACAACGAAUCUAUUUGUCGCUCUCCACGGAGGCAUGCGGCCGCGCUCAGGUCAGCAGCGGCACCGUCGGGUCAGCAGGCUGCGCUUGCGGCAGAUGCGGAGGUGGUUAUGAAGUGCGCUUGCGAAGAAGGACGAGGUUGCGGUCUGACGUUCGAGAUCGCGACGACGACACGGAUGGGCCGGUACGUCCGGAUGCGCACGACGUCCGAUCGAGUCCUGAAACUUCAAGACGUGGGCCGGCUCAAGGAGCCAUGUGCCCUGAGCCUGAGGUGCAUAUAUUCUCCCCCCCUUGCGAAGCUGCGCGCCGUCGUGGAGCGUAUGCGCCCGCUCGCGGCGGACGUGAUCGGUAUCAGAGCCAACUUGUCGGGGUGCUUGCAGCUGUGCGCCCAGACCGACAACUCGCGCGUAGACGUGUCGUGGAACGGGCUGUCUAAUCCCAGAUGGGAUCCGGACAACUCGGACGCGCGCGACCCGACGACGCUGUACGGUGUUCUCGUGUCUCUCAGGAGCCUCCAGAAGUUCCUGAGCAGUCACGUCGUGUCGACGACGACCAUCGCGUGCAUAUGCCAGAACCACUGCAUCAUACUGUAUGUGUACAUCGGCGAGAUGGCGGAGGCAGGUGGCAUCCUGACGUUCUACAUCCCGGCUAUCAUCGAGUGACCUCGCCACCUCCGCGCGUUUCUUGUCCUCCGCGUUUCGGAUCUUGAGUGAUCAUCCACCGUCUGUUUCUGUUGUUGGUGCUCGCCCCAUCGUGAUAUCCGCCUGCUGUAUCUAUAGCUUCCUCUCGCUGCUGUGGGCGUGCUCGCCCGUUGUACUAGCUUCAUCCGUUGUCGCAUCCCAUCGACUCCUAGGACUCGGCGCGGGAUGCCAGUAUACUUGACUGUGCCACCGCAUCGCUCUACUCGGGAUUCGCAGACAGCCUCGUCCGCACACGCCUAAUUCGUUUAACCCUGGGCUACAUGACAGUCUCGUCAUCUAUAAUGAAAUAUGACCUGACAUGAGA